UGAAUAUCAUAAACACCAACCAAAGAAAAAAAACAACCUACCUGACAAAGACCCUCUUCUUCCUGCAGCUAAUUACUUGCUACCACUUCUCUUUCCUUCUUCCUUUCUUUAUUUUUCUUUCUUGGAAGUAAUUGUGGAGGUGACAGAAUUAUAAAACCCUUUGCUUUGGUUGAGCUUCCUACAGAACUAGAAACUUAAUUACAUCAUUUCUACACCCGGGAUUUCCUCCUCCCCCUCCUUUUCGUAUUGUUCUGAACUGGGUAGCUUGAAAUUAUAGGAGAAGUGCAUGUAUAUCUGAGAGAGAGAGAGAAUAUAUAUAUAAAACAGAGGAUAAGGAGUUGAGAUGUCUGCUUUUUUGUCAUCUUGGCCUUGGGAAAACUUGGGUAAUUUCAAGUAUGUGCUAUACGGACCUUUAGUCGCAGAAGUGGUGCAUUCAUGGAUGAACAGUGAAAAUUAUGAAAGUUACAAGCCAAGUUGGUGUCUUCAUAUUCUCAUCCUCUGUGCACUUAGAGGGUUAAUCCACACCCUAUGGAACUCUUACUGCAACAUGCUCUUUUUAACUCGCGAUCGUCGGCUGACCCAACAGGGAGUUGAUUUCAAGCAGAUAGACAACGAAUGGCACUGGGAUAAUUUCAUACUUCUUCAGGCUCUGAUUGCCAGCGCGGUCUGCUACAUGUUCCCAUGCUUUGACAAGCUUCCUCUAUUCAACACAAAAGGGUUAAUUGCGUUAAUGUUACUCCAUGUGACGAUUUCAGAACCUCUGUACUACUGGAUCCAUAGACGUCUCCAUGGAAACUACAUUUUUACCAAUUACCAUUCACUGCACCACUCGUCCCCUGUACCUCAGCCCGUAACUGCUGGACACGCAACAUUCUUGGAGCAACUACUUCUGAGUGCAAUUAUUGGAAUUCCAUUACUGGGUUCGUUUUUGAUGGGAGUUGGAUCAAUAAGCUUGAUCUAUGGCUAUGUUCUGGUUUUUGAUUUUCUAAGAUGCUGGAUUCAUUCCAAUCUUGAUCUUGCUCCACGUACCCUGUUUCAUUUUCUUCCUUUCCUUAGAUUUCUUCUCGCCACCCCUCUAUAUCACAGCCUUCACCAUGCCGAGAUGGGUACCAACUUCUGCCUAUUUAUGCCUAUAUUUGACGCAGUGUGGAAAACCCUCAAUGACAAAUCCUGGCAACUUACCGCCCAUUCAGGAAAACAUGGAAGAGUGCCAGAUUUUGUGUUCCUAGCACAUGUUGUGGACGUAACGUCGUCGUUGCAUGCCCAAUUUGUUUUAAGGUCAUUCGCAUCCUUACCUUACACUCCAAGGCUUUUCUUGCUGCCGAUGUGGAUUCCUACUUUCCUGGUCAUGCUCUGUAUGUGGGCUUGGUCUAAGGCUUUUCUACACUCUUUCUACAUUCUCAGAGGCCGCUUACACCAGACCUGGGUUGUACCAAGAUUUGGCUUCCAGUAUUUCUUGCCGUUUGCUGCAGAAGGGAUUAACAAUAAAAUAGAGGAGGCUAUCUUAAGGGCUGACAGACUUGGCGUUAAGGUCAUUAGUUUAGCUGCAUUGAACAAGAAUGAAGGUUUAAAUGGGGGAGGAACACUGUUUGUGAAUAAGCAUCCAGAGCUUAAAGUAAGAGUUGUUCAUGGGAAUACAUUAACGGCAGCCGUGAUUCUGAAUGAAAUCCCAAAGGAUGUGAAAGAGGUGUUCUUGACUGGAGCAACUUCCAAGCUCGGAAGAGCAAUUGCCCUCUACCUUUGCCGUAAGAGAAUUCGAGUUCUUAUGUUAACAUUAUCAUCAGAAAGAUUUCAAAAGAUUCAAAAAGAGGCCCCUGUGGAUUGCCAGAACUACCUUGUUCAAGUCACCAAGUACCAGGCAGCCCAAAACUGCAAAACAUGGAUAGUUGGGAAGUGGAUAACACCAAGGGAACAAAGCUGGGCUCCAGCAGGGACACAUUUCCAUCAAUUUGUGGUUCCUCCCAUACUUGCAUUUAGGAAGAACUGCACUUAUGGUGACCUUGCCGCCAUGAGAUUACCCGAAGAUGUUGAAGGACUCGGAAGUUGUGAGUAUACGAUGGAUCGAGGCGUGGUUCAUGCAUGUCAUGCAGGGGGGGUGGUUCACCUAUUGGAAGGAUGGAAGCACCAUGAAGUUGGAGCAAUUGAUGUGGAUAGGAUUGAUUUGGUGUGGGAAGCUGCACUUAAGCAUGGUUUAAGGCCUGUUUCUGAUCACUAGCCCGCCUAUCUAUGUAAUAAGAUCCACAUGAUAAAUUGUGAUUCCCCAACCCAAAAAAAAAAAAAAAAAAAAAAGAGAAUGAAAAACAUUGAUUAUACAGGUGAUUAACCCUAAAUAAAGGGUUUAUUAACUUAAAAAUUCACCUGAAAAUGUUGUUCUUACCAUAUCUACUUGUUAAAUUCAUGUGAUACCUUCAAAUUAAA